AUGCUGCGGUCGAAUUGGACUUCCAAUCCGACAUUAACACUAUUGUACACAGAAUACCCGUCAGAUGUCAACCGUGGUGGCGCGGUUGCGAUAGACGAGAGAGAAGAACUCAUGGCAACCAGGACCUCGAGCAUACGGAACUUGUGUCUCACUCAGAAUGAUUCGAUCAAUAACGAAGUCAUCCGCUUCACUCACUAUGCGAAUGUCCAGCAUAAGGUGAUGUCAGGCCUCUUCGGAAACCCCAGGAAUCUGGAAUCCCCCAUUUUGCAGAGCCUGGGCUGCUCCAAAACUUCAAGGCCCGCAUAUGCUGGCCUGGGGGUUUUAUCAAAGCAGAUUGUUGAUAUCGGACUCGCUGUUCUUCUACUAUCUCAUGUACUCCGCCCACCUCGAACCAUUCUGUCAAAUGUCAACCAUGCCAUUGGCUGCCAGGCUACCAGGCCGAAGUCCUCCGCGCCGAACGAUUCGAUCCAUCACUUCUCAUUGGAACCUCCUACUGAAGAGUUGCCUCCUGGUCAUGAUUUGCACCAAUUUUCUCGACCAGAAGGAAUUCUGGCGAUGAGAUCUAAAACAGAUUCGAACGAGGACGGCAGCUUGGCAAAGCCCGCUACACCGACGCAAAACGGCCGCGCAAUCCAUUCCCGGGGAGCGCGCUCGCACGCCGAUACGCGGGUGGGUUGCGACCGGCCGGCCCUCUUCGUUGUCGUGGCAUGCACUGAGAAGGCGGUGUCCAGGUAUUGGGAACCCACUAGUCGUACGUGCUCUGCGAUAAUGAUGGGUGCGAUCGAUCACUGGGUUAUAGACAACCGCUACAAGGACGUGAUCUGGCAUCCUUUGUCAUCAGGCCUUGCCCAUAAUCUGGAAUUACUGACCAUCGGCAAUGCACAAAUGAUAGCUACCUACUUGGUUCGGACUCAGGCAGCGGACCGUUGUAGCCGAAAACGAAGCAAAUGUGGAAAGAGCGAGCAUUACAGCCAUGAACUGACUCGGGGCCCGCCCGCUUUGGCCCACGUCCAAGGCCCGCCGAACCUCAAAAUGAAGUACCUCACCGCCGUCAUCGUCGCCCUUGCCACGUCUUCCAACGCCGCUGUCUGCAAUUACGGAUGGGGCAAGCCGGCGGGAUCAAAAUGCCCUGGAGCCUACCCUAACACAUACUGCAGGGUGAAAACGUCAAAACAUCUAGCAACUUUCCAAUUCCCCGAACUUGUUCGUAUCCUGAAAACGGACGUCCAGUUCUACAAUCGUGCCUUGGUGGAAGAGUUCGUCGAAUGUGUAGGUCAUUGGUUCGCUGCAAAUUCCAACUUGGAGCGAGGCAAUGACAUACAUCCUCUCAAUGACCAGAAGCCCAAGCCUACCUACUGA